GUUUUGUUAACAUCUUUCAGAAUUCCUUUAAUACCAGCCUGGGCAGAUUAAUCUCGAAGAAUUGCCCCCUAAGAACCCGCAUUUAAGUGGAAACGAACCAAACUCUACUAAGAAACGAGCUACAGCCCCUGUUUCUCCAAGCAAAGUGUUCUUUUUUCAUUUCAUUCAUCAAUUUCUGCAUUUCAUUGGCUAAGAGGCGAGAACCUCUUGGGUUCUUUCUGAUUAUUGAAACACAUACACAUGAAUUAGGUUAAAUAAGCUAUAAUUUUCAGAUUUUAAUUGGAUUUAUGUUGUGCGAGGCUGUUGCUCGAUUUUGGUGCGAAUUUACGUGUUUUAUUGUGUAAAUUGCUUCGAGUUCUUGUUUCAAAUUUCAUGGGUUCUCUAUUUUCAUGGGUGCAUUUGACCUACAGCCCGUGAUAUUUCUUUAAUAUGCUGAAUUUAUGCUCACUUGCACCGGCGCACUUUAGUUUCGAAUUUUAUAUGAAUUACGAGAUGCAUUACUCGAAUCUGAUGAAUUUUCGAGUUUAUUUGAUGUCUCUCCCUCUCAUUUUGUCCAAGUUUCAGAUGUUAAUAUACAAAAACUAACAUUUUUUUUUGAAUUGUGUAGGAAACUUUUAUAGACAAGCCGUAUGCGAACCUAAUUGAUAAAUUGACUCCGGAGCAGAAAACGGUCUCAAUAAUCUUCGGCGCUCAUGUGCCACUUCUUUGUAUGAACAAAAAGUGGGUGCACGAUCCGUGGACGCACUGUGGGAAGCAAGUUGAGGACUAUAUGCACAUUCUAUGCAUAGGAGAUGAUAAAACUAGAACCACAUGGAGGACUGGGGGGGCAGCAAGAAAUUGGUUAGACCAUUUCAAAAAAGAUGUUGAAGCUUGGCAGAAGUUAAUGAGGCAUGUACCAUCACCUCCUCUCGCCUCGUCUUCACAUGCUGCUGAGCCAUCUCAGUCCACCACUCCUCUCGCCUCUUCGCAUUCUCCUCAGCCGGAUCCUAGGAACCUUGGGGGUUCAUCUACAUCGUCUCCUCUCGCCUCGUCUUCACAUGCAGCUGAGCCAUCUCAGUUCGCCACUCCUCUCGCCUCUUCGCAUUCUCCUCAGCCGGAUCUUGGGAACCUUGGGGGUGAUUCAGUCGAGGGCGCCUCACAGCCCGAUAUUCAUCCCGAAUCCUCCACAGCUCCUUCACAUUCACCUUCACCUCCCCUCCAAGCUUCUGCAUCUCCAGAGCCAGAAUUCGUCACUCCUCCCCCCCCGGUCCUUCGAAGGUCUAUGCGGGAGAGGAAGAUCCCUCGGUAUUUGAGGCCGCCCUAUACAGCAGUUCCUGAAACGUCUUGCAGAAAAAGGAAGUAGAGCUGCUUCAUUAUAUAGAAGAGAAGCAAAGGGAAGUCUCUCCGGUGAAGAGUCUAUGGAGCGGACUUUUGAAUAUAUUUUCAAUCUCGCCCUUUAUUUUGUUCUCUUACAUUUCGUGUUGUCAUGAUCAUAAUUACUUUAUUAUUUUUAAUAUUUUAAAUUAUAAGUUCUAUACAAUUUUUUUUGUCUUUCA